AUGACGAGGCCGGGCACAAGUCGGGUCGCCGUCGUCGCAGGCGCAGGCGCUCAGCCGCUGGUCUUUUCGAACCCCAAGGGCAAGGUCGCCCGUGAUCAGCCCGAUCUCGGACCCGAGUCGUCGGCCCAUGCCGCUGCCCUCACCGCUGCCGCAGCAGACGGCGGUGUCAUCGCCAACCCCACGUACGGCCUCGACAUCUCGUCCUCAGGCUCGACCUCGGACUCGGCGUCGGAAGACCCGCAUGCGGGCGCCGUCAACUUUGCCGGCGCCGGCUACAACUUUGGCAUCUCGUCAGACUCAGAGUCGGCAGACGCCGAUCAUCUCGCUUCGGUCCAGACCUCGCCGCAUCCGGCCCCGCCGCCGCCGUCCUCUGACCCAGACGCCAUCCCGGUUGACCUCGAUUCGCCCGCGGGAUCGUCCGCCGCUCAGGCAACGCCUGCUGCUUCGCCUGCAGACCUCGUCGACUGGACCGACGUGCGCUCCUUCCUCAUGCGCCCUGUCCCGCCCGGACACAUCUUCAAGUGCAAGGUAUACCGCGAGCGCUCUGGCACCGCCCGCUUCUUCCCGCGCUUCUACCUCUACCUCGAGACCGAUGACGGCUCGCCCGAGCGCUUCCUCAUGGCCGCCCGUAAGCGCAAAAAGUCCAAGGCCGCAAACUACCUCGUCUCCAUGUCGCGCGAGGAGCUCGACCGCUCCUCCGCAGCCUACCUCGGCAAGGUCCGCGCAAACUUUGCCGGCACCGAGUUUGUCCUCUACGACGACGGUGACUCGCCCGAUAACGACGCUGCCGGCGACGACGACAUCCGCGCAGAGCUCGGUGCCAUCGCCUACCUCAAGAACAUCGCCGGCCGCAAGGGCCCGCGCCAGAUGCGCGCCAUCCUUCCUCGCGUCGUCCCCUCCCAGGAGAGCCCCGGCCGCUGGGUCGCCCUCACCAAAGAGGCCUCGCUCCUUGCCCGUUACCGCCGCGGCGACGUCCACGACACAAUCGUCCUCGAGAACAAGAUGCCCACCUUCAACAAGAACCUCGGCUCCUUCUGCCUCAACUUUAACCGCCGCGUCUCCGCCGCCUCGGUCAAGAACUUCCAGAUGAUCCUCGCUGACAAUCCUGACGCCAUUGUCCUCCAGUUUGGUCGCGCUGGCGCAAAGAACGAUCGUAAGAACGCGUGCUUCAUCUGUGACUUUCAGUAUCCGCUCUCGCCCUUCCAGGCCUUUGCCCUCUCGCUCACCUCGUGCGAGCGCAAGUUUGGCCUCGACUAG